GGAUGUGGGUAUAAAAGGUAGCAUAUUUGGAGCAGAGCUGUCAGUAAGCUGUUCCUCACUGUGAAGGCAGCCUGUGUUCUGAGACGCCCUCAUGGAUUUACAUUUAGGACGGAUAGUUUUCCUGCUGCUGGUGGUCAGAUCUCUCGCUGACCACCACACAAAGCAUAUGGAUAACUUCAUCAAAGUUGUGGAGACCAUUGAAGCUGAGAACCCUGGGCUUGAGCCUCUAGCUGUGGUGAGAGGUCUGCGUAAAGCUGCUCACGUUGAGACACCCUUUAUCCGUCUUUAUCUCAGUGAUGGCAGUCAUACACAUGACCCAGUGAUAAAUCCAGAACUUACUGGAUUCAUCACCAGCGUCAUCAAGCACCGAGUGACUGAGCUGGGUGUGGAGGAAGGUGUAGUUCUCACUGCGGAUGGAACCACUGUGGCUCUCACCCCUCUGCUCCUGGGCCUCGAGGCUGGUUUACAGCCCACUUCUGCUAGCCGUCUGCGUGGCCUGUUCCCCCUGACCCUGUUCAACAACCUGGUUCGUUCUUUACUCCACCAUUUUCAGAAUGACCCAUCUACCUCUUCACGUCUUGGUCCCGGUGGCUGUUGGGACAGUGUGACAGACCCCAAAGUGUUCACCCUCUCCGGUGUGGCCUCCCUGGCAACAGACUCUCUGAUAACUGGGGGAAUGGACGGAGCAAUUUUAGGGAAGCAUGUUGCCAGACCCAACAAUCGUCCAGUAAGACUGAGCGACCUUCUGAAAGAGUACUACAACCAUCGGUUGGACACAGCAGGGCUGGAUGCUGCACCUGGCAUGAUUAGCCAGCUCCGCAGAACCAACUUCAGGAAGCUGGUCAGCCUCCCUUUACUGAAAAAGCAGCUGCCAAGAAGCCUGAUUACAUAUCAGAAGAUGGAAAAAUAUUCCAAGAAACAAAAAGAGGAGAUCAAGAACAAGGAGGAGGAGAUGCUGAAUGAGGGGCUGAAGGAGUUUGUCCACAGCUACAUGGAUUGUCCAGCCAUCAUUCCACGGUGCAUGUGGGAAGCACAGCCGUAUCGUGGCACCCCCACUCAACUGACCCUGCCAUUGCCCUUCCUGUACAUCCACCACACCUACGAGCCUUCCCAACCCUGCCUGACCUUUCAGCAGUGCUCCCGAGACAUGAGGGCCAUGCAACGCUUCCACCAGGAUGACCGUGGCUGGGAUGACAUUGGAUACAGUUUCGUGGCUGGCUCUGACGGGUACCUAUAUGAAGGGCGUGGCUGGCAUCGGCAAGGUGCCCACACUAAAGGCCACAACUCCAUAGGUUACGGUGUCUCCUUCAUAGGAGACUACACCGCAAGCAUCCCAGCCAAGCGCACCAUGGACCUAGUGAGACAUCAGCUGGCAAAGUGUGCCACAGACGGAGGGAGACUGGUGUCAAACUUCACUAUACAUGGCCACAGACAGGUGGUCAGCACCUCCUGCCCUGGAGAUGCCCUCUACAGUGAAAUCCAAGGCUGGAAGCACUUUGCGGAGGUUAAGAAUUAAAGGCUGGGAAUUUCUUCAGCAUUUUCCAUUGCGGAAUAAACUCUGACAUUUUUAACAACCUGUAUCAGAGAUGUUUUUAUUAUCCAAAUGUUGCAUUCAUGAUAUAGCUAUUAUUAUUUGUAGUAAUAAUUAGUAUUAAAUAACACUUAAAAUGGGUAAUCAUGCAAUCAUAGUGGACCAAAUUAUGACUGAAUGCUUCUAAUGCAUCACAGUUAAUGCUGAACUAUACUGUACUAUUUCUGAGCUUCUGUAUUUUUAUGAGCCUUAUUGCACUGGUCUUUUCAAAAUCCUGUAGUUGUUGUAGUUUUGAAAGAGAUACUGUUCUUCACAUGAACACACUGUAAAUGGCAUUAAUAAAGUGCUUUUAAAUAUUGGUUCAACCUA